GGACGCGUUGGCAGAGGACCUGGCACCCACCCUCUGUGCCGGCAGGCUUUAUGCGGGACGGAGCCGGCCAUGGAGAAGUUGUACUUUGCGGGGAGCGGCGCAUGGACGCUCAACGGCUCGCUGGGGAACGGCAGCCUCCGCCUGGAGAACCAGACCUCCGGGAGGAACAGCACCACGGACCCCCUGAAGAGGAACGAGGAGAUGGCCAAGGUGGAGGUGACGGUCCUCUGCCUCAUCCUCUUCCUCGCCUUGACCGGCAACCUGUGCGUGCUGCUUUCCAUCCACACCACCCGGCAGAAGCACUCCCGCAUGUAUUUCUUCAUGAAGCACUUGAGCAUCGCUGACCUGGUCGUGGCCAUCUUCCAGGUGCUGCCCCAGCUCAUCUGGGACAUCACCUUCAGGUUUUACGGGCCGGAUUUCCUCUGCCGGCUGAUCAAGUACUUGCAGGUAGUGGGGAUGUUUGCUUCCACCUACAUGCUCUUGCUGAUGUCCCUGGACCGGUGCUUGGCCAUCUGUCAGCCGUUGAGGUCUCUGCACAGGAGAGCGGACCGGGUCUCUGUCCUCCUCACCUGGCUGCUGUGCCUGCUGGUCAGCAUCCCUCAGAUCCACAUAUUUUCUCUGAGGGAUGUAGGGAAUGGGGUUUACGACUGUUGGGCAGAUUUCAUCCAGCCCUGGGGACCUAAAGCCUAUGUCACCUGGAUAACCCUCAUGGUCUACAUCAUCCCCGUGUUGAUGCUGAGCAUUUGCUAUGGCUUAAUCAGCUUCAAAAUCUGGCAGAACGUGAAGCUUAAGACGGCUCAUGGGCCCAACGUGGGUCUGAGCUCCAGCUCCCGCAGCGGGAUGGCCUUUGCCAGGGUCAGCAGCACCAGGCUCAUCUCCAAAGCCAAGAUCCGGACAGUCAAAAUGACCUUCAUCAUAGUGUUAGCUUUCAUAGUGUGCUGGACUCCCUUUUUCUUUGUGCAGAUGUGGUCUGUGUGGGACACCAAUGCUCCGCAGGAAGCCUCCCCCUUCAUCAUCGCCAUGCUCCUGGCCAGCCUCAACAGCUGCUGCAACCCCUGGAUCUACAUGCUGUACACGGGGCACCUCUUCCACGACCUGAUGCGGCGCUUCCUCUGCUGCUCCACGCGCUACCUGAAGUCACGGCCGGCGUGUGACCUGAGCGUCAGCAAGAAGAGCAACUCCUCCUCCCACGUCCUCAGCUGCAAGAACACGAGCCAGAGGAGCUUCACGCAGCCGUCCAUGAUUUGAGGCAUCGCUGGCCGGGACAUUGCGCCGCUGCUGUGCUGCCUCCAGCGCUUCCCUGUGAAAAGCUGGGAUUUGGACAAGCAAGGGCGUUUCUAUAUAAAUAGGUGUAUAUAUGUCUGUGUGCGUGUAAGCAUGUACAGCAGUUGUUAUUUAACUGCGGCAGGAGUUGGGGGAGGACUUCUGCGUUCCAAGUUUCAGUGCUGCCUGGGACUGGGCACCAGGGACCUGCUUCUGAGCUCCCAAACCACUGACGUCGGUGGCUUUUAGACACCACCGGGAGGGACAGGUUUUGCCCCGAACGAUCCCGCGCUGCUGGGGCAUGUGUGCUAUGUCCCUGUCGGAUGCAAGGGGC